UCAGACCGGUUCUGUAUCGUUUUUCUAUUUCACACUGUUCGAGACUAACGCGCGUGAUGUAAUGCUAGAAAUGUCAUGUGAUGUUUACGUAUCGACAUUGUCAGCUGUAACACAGCAGAAGUGUGGCGCGUGCAAUAAACGGAACAACGAGGAGACAGCACGGCAUUGAGAGUUAGUGUUAUGAAGUAUGACAAGUGCCAUGGAUAUCAAUGCCAAAAAUAGUUCAUUACAAGUUGUCAUUGGAUCACUCGUGGAGGCUGCAGGUGACAAGAAUGAAACUGUCAGGCAUGCAGUUUCUGAAUCGCUCAAGAAGAUUGCAAGGAAACAUCAGAAUGAUGUAUUGGAUGACAUAAUAUGCUAUUGCAAGAGAAAUUCAAAGUUACCAUUACAACAUUUAAGUCUCUUGCUGAAAACAAUAGAAAAUAUAUGCCAAGAACAUCUAUCAAAUAUAAAUGAAGUUACUGUUUCCAAUUUGAUUGAGUUUGCAAUGGAAGAAAUGACAAGGAAUUCUGAUUAUAUACCAGAAUCUCAGAUGCCUUUGUCAGGCGUACUUGUUGCCUUAGGAAAAAUCCAUUGUAAUCAGGUCAUGGAAGGAAUUCUAAAACAAUUUCAGCCCGGUGUUCUUCCUCAUUAUUGUAUUUUACACACCAUGGGUAACUUGGCAUCUGCAAAUGUGUUUGGAAUUGUUCCGUUUAUAAAAGCAACAUUGGGUACAAUGUUGCCAAUGUUGGGCAUGGUCCGUAAUGAUGCACUGAAACAGGCAUUUGCAUUUGCGUUGGGUAGAUUUGGUGAUGCAAUUUUGGAAUAUAUGGCUAAUAUAGAUACAGCUCCAGACAAUACAGUAAAGAAAGAUUCAUUCUCCACAGAGAUAAGUAUUGCUUAUGAUGUGCUUGUAAGCAGCUGGAUAAAUUCACGGGAACCAAAGGUAUGUGAAGCAGUGCUACAAGCUUUAGGACCUAUGUUUUCAAUCUUGGAGACAGAUAAAGUUUUUGAGCAACUUCCACGAUUGAUUCCAAUCUUGCUGAACCUUUACCGGCGAAAUGUUGAUUCCUAUGCCAUAUCACAGUGUUUGGCUGCCGUACUGCUGGUUGCAGUUGAGCAUAGUAAAAGCUGUCUAGAACUUCAUGCUGAUAACUUGCUGAAUGUACUUUUUGAAAUGGUGUGCCCAUUCCCAGAUUAUGCUCAACCUGCUGCUGUAAAAAAUCAUUAUGAAGUCUUGCGAUGUUUCGAUAGGAUUGCAACUGCCUGUGUGGGGAAGGUGUUGGAAUUCAUGAUCCAUCAACUCAAGAAUGGUGAACGAGAGAAGAUAAAAGCCCUCUUUGUCAUUUCACAUCUGGUUAAUUCAUCAGAAAAUGUUAUUCAGUCAAAGAUUUCUGAUGUGAUUGUAAUAAUGAAGAAUCUUUUAAGUGAAAGCAGUGGCAAGGUUAAAAAGGCAGUACUGAAAACAAUUGUUGCACUGGCAUAUAAGGGACAUCUUAAUGGAGAAACUGGAAUGGAAUUUAUUGAAUAUAUUGUUAGGAACAGCCGUUCGUCUUCCACUGAUCAGGCUGCAAAUUACACAGAUUCAGAAAAUGUUUUGGAAGAUCUCUCGCAUACAUGUGCCAGUACAUUGUAUCUGCUUACUACAACUGUAUCUGAAGUGGAAGGAACUCUUUGGCCACUUCUGAUGAAGUGCUAUUUAUUAAGUGAAUACACUACAGCUUGUACUCCAAUUGCUCGUUGCCUUGCUCAUUUGUCUUCCAAGGACUGCUGCGAGAAGAUGUUGUCUGGAGGAAUGGGGAACGAACACACUCACAAGGUGCCACACUCAUUUUCAUUGUUUGGAAGAUCUCUGGCUUUGCUUGGAAAUCCGUCACAGACUAAAAGAGGGAUUUACAUUUUAAGCUUCAUGAAGAACAUUGCAAAAAUGAUUAAUCCGCAUUUGUGUCCCCUGUGGGAGCAGAAGAUUCCAGACUUGAUAUCGUACUUGAAAGAGAGCACAUUUGAAAUUCAUGAUCAAGUAUGGGAUGAAUUGUUGUUAGAGUUUGUGUCAUCAACUCUUACUGAAGUUGAUGAAGAGAAGUGGACCCUGGAAAUGGGUGAACAAUUAAAGGAACAGUUAACUUUGUAUACAUCGUAUCCUAUAGAAAGAGGAAUGGCAUUUAAAAUGUUGGCUGUAACUACAUGCCACACAACAGACAAAUUAUAUGUAGGCAGAGUACUGGAUGUUAUCUUCACUUCUCUGCGGCAGUAUUCUGCAUCUGAUAGUAAACACUGUUCAAAGGCUGUCGGAAUUUGUUCACGAAAUCAUUUGAGUAUUGUCUUGCCAAAACUGGAGGGACUCAGGAAAGAGGAAUUGUCACGAAGGUCGUCCCGCUUGCUUAGUUUUAUGAAGGAUAUAAAGCAUGAAGGAGAACAGGAACGAAUCCGCCUCACACUGCUGCAGUGCUAUGGGGAAGUGGCAUUAGAGGCACCAUCAACUGAACUUAUGCCAAGAAUGGAACAGAAUGUUUUACAAUGGGUUGUGCAGCAAAUUCAGAUGUCAAAGGAUGCAAGUGUUACAGAUGCUGCUCUCAGAGCACUUGGAAAGAUAGCAGAAGGAUUUCAUCCUAAUCGUAAUAGUUUGCAAAUAAUGAUGCAGAAUCGCACUGAAGUUCUGAAUUUGAUAAUUAGCCAACUAAACACAGAUUGUGUCACUCUUUCCCCUCUGCAUCUAAUGUUGAUGACAACAGUACUCAGAGUAGCUGCAAUAUUUAUUAAACUUCCCCCUGCACUGGCACCACAAGAGCGUAUAUCUGUAUUGAAACAUUGUUUCACAAAGGUGUACCACGUUAUUUUACUGGAUUCAAAGUCGGUACAGAGGCAGCCUGACACCGCUAGUGAUGAAUUACUAACAGAAAAUAGUGGAAUAACUCCAGAAAUUGAAGAUUUACAGUCAGCAUUAGGAAUGCUGGUUCAAGAAAUGCUGCUUAUUUCUGUAUGUCCAUCAACACUUGAUGAAAUGUUUACCCUCUUGGAACCUUGGAUAUCUCAAAAAUAUGCUUCCCAGAGGACUGCUGCCUUGGACACACUGAGUACCAUUUUGCAUUGCUAUAUUAGCAAUGUCAGAUUUGGAUGUGAGACGCCGACAAAGUUCAGUCAGACUGGAAUAAUAUUGGGUCGUAUUGCUCCUCGGUGCACUGAUCCUGAUUUGAAAGUGCGCCAGAAAGCUACAGAUUGUGUAUAUCUGGUUCUUUGUUUGGCAGCCAGAUACGAAGGACAUUCUAAAGAUUAUGAAAAUGAGUUCACGAAUCAUUUUAAUAAAGUGCAGAAUGAACUCCAAACUGAUGAUCCUCAGAGACUCUUUAAAGCUACAGGUGACCUUGCUCAGAUAGUGUGUUCAAAGCUACCACAAUUUCAAGUCAUACCGUUCACAGACAGUUUACUGGAUGGUUUAAUGGAUGCUGAACCUAGCAGUUCCAGUGGUGCAAGUGUUAUUCUGAAUGUAUUUUUGAAGAUUAAAGGAGGAGAGCUUUAUCAUCAAGUUAAUGAAAUUCUGAAUGGCAUUCUCAAGCAGCUGUCUAAUGUACAUUAUGUACAAACUCGAAAUGGUGGUCUAAGAGCAAUUUUGGCUCUGGCACAUCAUCAUCCCAAGUCUGUGGUAUCCGCACUGCUGCUUCAGCGACUCCCAUAUGACCUGUCAGUAUCAGAAUGCUGGAUGGUAUUGGCCCAGGACCCAGUUUUGUCUUCAGACAUAAUUGAGCAGUUCCUUUCUAUAAUUUCAACCACUCCUCUCUAUGAAAUCCAGAAUGAUAAAGUGAAGAUAGCUGCUCUACUACCUCUGGCUGCAAUAAGUGCAAUGAGCAAUAUGUUCAGUAUAGCCAGCAUGAGUUCAAUUACAGUUAAAAAGUUUCCGGAACUGUUUUCCAUGUUUCUUGUUGCAAUGGGCUGCUAUGUUGGUAUCUCUCCACCUAUCUGUGUUCCGCAGAAACCAGAAAAUACAAAUAAAUAUGGUAUUGUUCCAAACAGGGGUGCUUACAAACUAAAUCCUGCAAAGGUAACACAAGAUGCAUUCAAAGCAUUUUUACUCUGCAGCAACUGUGAGCUAAUAGCAGAAGCCUUACUGCAAUGUACACAUAUGGACAGUGGAGAAAAUCUUACAGCAUUUAUAAAAAUGAUCCCAGGUCUAGUAAAGAAAGUAUGUCAGUGUGUACCGCAGUCAUUACCAAAAUUGGUGGGAUGUUUCAACCAAUAUGGAACAAGUAACUAUGAGCCCCAAAGAAUCACAGUAGCUGCAUUUUAUGCAGAGCUAAUGGCCAUGAGAGGUAGCCUCCAGAUGGUCCUCAUGGAAAGUAUUAUGUCAAACUUGUUGAACUGUUUGGCUGAUCCGUCUCCAGUUGUCAGGCAAUUGUGUUUAAAAGGCCUGGCUUCACUUUCUUGCUGGGAGCAGGAACAGGUGAAUAGGCAUUCAGAAUGCGUCUUGUCUGCCUUGCUGCAAGGAUUGGAUGACCAGGAAAAUGGAAGCAAGAUACCAUUUGAAGCAAUGAAAGGGUUCAUCAGGAUGUUGAAAGUGGCUGAUGACACUCAGAUAGAAAAUAUUCAAGUGACCAUUGCUUUACGUAUAAAACCUUAUUUUGAGAAAGAUGAUCCUGAGCUUCGAGCUACAGCUAUUCAGAUCUUUGGUGACAUUGCAAGAUAUGGCAACAAGCCAUCUAAGACACCAUUCCUGGAGCAAAUAAAUGGAAAUUUAGCUUGUUUCUUUCUUCAUCUGAAUGAUGAUCAUGAAAUGGUCAUUAAGGCUUGCAAAUAUACGUUGAAGCAGGUAUGCCCAUGGUUGCAAACUGAGAAGCUGAAUUCAAUGUGCCAGGAACAUUUGCAUAAUGAAUCUGUUCUGUAUUACACCAACUUCAUCUCAGCUGUUUCAAAAAUUCUGGUUGAUGACUUGAAGGAUUUGAUGCCAUUACUAAUAAUGAACACUCUUUCUUACCUGAAGAGCUCUUGGCCAAGAAUUAGAGGAAAUGCAGCAAUGUUAAUAGGGUUACUUAGUGGAAAUCUACCAUUAGACUUGAACAACAGCAUACCACUAGAUACUGUGUGUUCACGUCUUCUACAGUCACUGAAAGAUGAAAAUCAGGAAGUGCGAGCAAAAGCAGCGGAAGCCCUCAGCUCUCUCUUCAUUUCGUGAGAUCUGGAAAUCAGGGGUCCUUGAGGAUGGAGAGCCAGUGGACAACAUGUCUCCUAUCAAGACAAGACAGUAUACAGUGUCUGACGGUAUUGCUCAAGUGGUUGUACUGGAACGUACAACACUUUGUCAUCCUGAAACUGAGUACAAACUACAUGACAGACUGAAUAUAUGUUGUUAUUUUUCUGUAUGAAAAUAAUUUAACUUACAUAGUAUACCACUCUGUGUUGCAAAUUUGAGAGAAAGCAGUUAUGUAAAUUAUUGGCAGAUGUGUAAUAAUCUAGUCAUUUAUCAACACACAAAAUUAUUGUACAUAAUUCAUAAAGCAACUCUAGAGGUAAAAUAUGGAAAAACAUUCCUACAGAUAUUUGCACAUACUCUGUGUGUGUGUGUGUGUGUGUGUGUGUGUGUGUGUGUGUGUGUGUUUUGUCAGUCAUGUCAAAGUGGUGAUGGUACUGGGAGUGUAGCAUUGUCUUAAGUGUAAAUCUGUGUUUUAAUUGUCUAUAAAAUAGACUUAUUAACUUAGUGUCUACAAAUUGUUAUGCUUUUUGAAAUGUUUAUUUCUUAAUAUUUUAAUGUCUAAACAAUUGUACAGUAUUAAUUGUUUUAUAUGUUAUAAUAUUUCUUAUCCCUCCUCCACCACCACCACAGCAACCUUUAAUUCCCCCUCCUCUUGAAGAAAGGUAUUUGAUGUCAGCAAUAAAAUGUUGUAUGCCUCAUUAACACAAACAAGUACUGAUGGGAAAGACAAAGUUAAAUAUUAAUUCCAUAAUUGCUUUACUGCAGUUUGGCUUCAGUUGGUAUAUAAGCUGGCUAUUAUGUAAAAAAGACAUUCUGUAAUAAAAUGUUACAAAAAAAUCAGUGAA